AUGAUCCUUUUAUUUUUCACAAGAUUUAUAUUAGCAGACACUGACACAAGCCAAGAAGGCAGCAAAAUCAGAAGCAAUAUAAGCAGUAUUUCCAAUAUUUCGAUUUCAAUUAUUCAAAGUCAAGUAGAAAAAAUCAAAUCUACACCAGGACCAGUAGAAACAUCAAAUAUUACAAUCAGUAACUCAAGUUUAGAACAAAAUUUAACGAUUUGCAAAGCUCCUCAUACAAGAUUACAAUGGGGAAAUAAAUGCAUAUGCGAGGAAGGAUAUUUCGGGACUGAUGAACAAAUACAAACAACUGGAUGCUAUACAUGCAAAAAACGUUGCCAUCAUGCAGCAAGUUGUGUUGAACAAGAUACUUGCAAAUGCAAGAGAGGCUUAGUUGGUGAUGGAAUACAAUGUUCUUUCCCUGAACCUAAAAUUAAGCAAGUUUUAAAGCCAUUUGAAAAACAAUUAGCUCCAGUAAAUGUUUUAGUAGAAUUCGAUGCACCAGAAUUCAUUCCAUACCUUGCAUUUUGCAAGAUUAAUUCUAAAACAGUUCCUGCUUUAAUUUACAAUAAUCAGACAAUUGCUUGCUUAUCUCCCGAUAAGCAAAGAGGAGAAGCAUCAAUUUCCAUCUCAUACGAUGGAAAAGUAUACUCUCCUUCUCAGAAAUACACAAUUGUACCUGGCUUGGUCGAAUUGCCAAAACCGGCCAUUCAUCUUGGAAUUCAACCAAAAACUAACAAUUGGAUUAUUCCAUCAAUCAUUGGUUUCGGUAUAUUGGUCUGCAUUGUCUUGUAUUUUAUCCUUCAUAUUUUCAACGGAAAAAUUGCAAUUCAGAAGCUUACUGAAGAAAGACAGCCACUUAUUUCCAAUAAGGGAUCAAGUAAUCACGAAGAAAAACGCGCAAAAAGGCGUGAUAUUUAA